ACGCCGGUGGGGCCCAGAAGCCCGUCGGACGGCGGAGGCCGCCCCGCCCCGGCUCCUCCUCUUCCCCUCGCCGCCGGCCCGCCCUCGCCCGCAAACCCAAACACUGCGGGCUGCCGGUGCACGUGAUCUCCCCGUAGUCGCUCGCGCGGAGAGAUGCUGCUCCUGGCCGCCGCCGGCCUCGUGGCCUUCGUGCUGCUCCUCUACAUGGUGUCGCCGCUCAUCAGCCCCAAGCCCCUCGCGCUGCCCGGCGCCCACGUAGUGGUCACAGGAGGUUCCAGCGGCAUCGGGAAGUGCAUUGCUAUUGAGUGCUACAAACAAGGAGCAUUUAUAACUCUGGUUGCUCGAAAUGAGGACAAGCUGCUUCAGGCGAAGAAAGAAAUUGAAAAGCACUCUAUUAAUGAUAAACAGGUGGUGCUGUGUAUCUCAGUUGAUGUAUCUCAAGACUAUAACCAAGUAGAGAACGUCAUAAAACAGGCACAAGAGAAGCUGGGUCCUGUGGACAUGCUGGUCAACUGUGCAGGAACGUCUGUGGCAGGAAAGUUUGAAGAAAUGGAAGUUAGUUCUUUUGAGAAAUUAAUGAGCGUAAAUUACCUGGGCAGCGUGUACCCCAGCAGGGCAGUGAUAACCACCAUGAAGGAGCGACGGGUGGGCAGAAUUGUGUUCGUGUCCUCCCAGGCAGGACAGCUGGGGCUGUUUGGUUUCACAGCCUACUCUCCAUCCAAGUUUGCCUUAAGAGGGCUGGCAGAAGCUCUACAGAUGGAGGUGAAGCCUUACAAUGUGUAUGUCACCGUGGCCUACCCACCAGAUACUGACACCCCAAUGCUGGCCGAGGAAAACAAGACAAAGCCCCUGGAGACCCGGCUUAUUUCAGAGACCACAGGUGUUUGCAAACCAGAGCAGGUGGCCAAACAAAUUGUCAAAGAUGCCAUACAAGGGAAUUUUAAUAGUUCCAUUGGCUCGGAUGGGUACAUGCUGUCCUCCCUGACCUGUGGCAUGGCACCAGUGACUUCCAUCACUGAAGGACUCCAGCAGGUGGUCACCAUGGGCCUUUUCCGAACAAUUGCUUUGUUUUACCUUGGAAGUUUUGAUAAUAUAGUUCGCCGCUGCAUGGUGCAGAAAGCAAAACCUGAAAUCGUAGACAAAACUGCUUAAUUCUUGCCCCUCGGACAAAGACUGAAUGCAGUGAUUUGAAUACUGUGCUGCUAAAGGAACUCGAUUUUUGGCCUCCAGACUCAGUGUCUUGUUUUUGAAUGUGUCAGAGUGGACCCAGUGCUGUUUGGAAAUCUGGCUGCAAGCAGAGGGGCAGAAGUUCGUCUCUACAGUAUUACCGUCAACACUAUGCAAAUGUGGACCAGGGCACCAUUUGGUUUCUGGGUCUUUGAGGUAGAGCGCUGAGAGCGUGAGAACGAAUAGCAGGAAAACAGGGUAAAGAAUGGAAUUCCAGGAUGGCAAAUUCAGUCUUUUCAUUUAUCCUCCCUCUGGCCCAUAGGGAUCAAGAAAUGCACUUUGUGGCACAUUAACUUUUGAGAGCUUUUGAUUUUUGGUUUUUAAUUUUUCAUGAAAGAUGGUCUGGGUUUUAAUCUUCAAAAAUUUUUUAUAUAAUUUUUCAGUGUAUGUUAGUCAAGGUGUGUCUUCCAUGAUGUAGCCCGAGUCUGGCCCUCAGCACCUCUGUGCGGUGUUUGGGACUCCCUUCUGCUAGUGAAGCUGGCUUCUCUCUCUCUUUGAUCCCGUAAGAUGCAAGGGGGAUGAGAGAGCAGCACAGAGGAAGGCAAGGGAUGAGUCCUUUGUGAAGGCAAAUCAGGUGUCCUUGUCUUCUUAAGACUAAUGCUUAGAACGUUUUCAUUUUUCACUCAUGGGGAAAGGCAGCCUCUUUACAUGUUUUCUGAAGAGAAAUAAAAUUUCAUAGAAGUUUAAAAGUUUACAGUUUCUUCAAUAGCCAUGAUGACCUGAAGUUCACAAUUCCAUUCCAGCUCAGCCUCUCUGUUUUUAUCUCUCUUUCUAGUUUUAAUUAUUCUGUAAUGUUUUUGUUUAAAACAAAACAAAACAAACAAACAAAAAAAAAAAACAAAGGAAAACAAAAGAUGGAGACCAACACAGAUUUUUUUUUUGACUUGGCUUUUUAAAUUCAUGAAUUCAUUAAAGUAAAAAAAAAAAAAAUUUAAAAGCAUGGCAUUCAUAUCCUCACAGCAUACUGUAACUUUAGGAAAGGUUGUGUAUUUUUCAGUCUUAUUACUCUGAAAAGAUGACUGAUUUUUGAAGAUCCUCUCUUGGGAAGUGAGGUGUUCAGCUGCUCUGUCUUUCACAGAGACUCUGAGCAGCAUCUUUAGCAUGGUAAAAAGUUUCUCGCCCUCUGGCUGCAUGCAGCCUGUGGGCAUGUGCUAGGGGUUGCAGGUCUGCCAUUCCUUGAGUGAAUCUGUGUCAAGUGCCUAUGAUGAAUCCAGCCUCUGUCCCCACUCAUUCUGUCCAUUGGACAGCUCCCAGUCCUGUCCUCCUUAUAUACAAAGUACUGCAUUCCAAUUUAGUACCUCUACGCUCAAAGGAAAACCUAAGUGUUAUAAAACAAAAAACAAACAAAAAGUGUUUGACAACUUAGAAAUUACUGCUAUGACAAACUUUUUUUUCCCUCUUUUUCUUUCUUUCUUUUAAAAAGAUGGGUUUAACCUCUGUGUGGCUUGGUCUUCUGCCCCAGCCACCCGAGUGCUGGCAGUACAGUUUUGCACCACCAUAGUCUAUGAGCCAAGCAUUUUUGCUCUCUGAAAUAGCCAAACUCUUGACUUUAUCGUGACUUAGAUUUUAACUAAUAAGAUAUUUAAUGGCUCCAUUUUUAUCAAGAUCUGAGAACAUAUUUUAGAUAUUGUUACAGAAGAUACUCUUUAUUAUAUGCAUUGCUUGUUAUAACUUCAUUGCUGUUUACAGGAGUAGGUUGAUAAUGCCAAGAUAGUUCCAAGACCCCUCCAGUCCGAUCUAGCCAAAGUUUGCAACUUCGGUCACAUUGGACGGGUUCCUGAUGAAAGAACUGCAUUCCUAUGUGGACAGUUUCUAACUUUAUUUUCCUAUAAAUGUUCUAAGACAGUUGGCACUUUCCACUAUUCUGUUAAAAUCUAGGCCAAGAGGGCAUCAGACACAGUACAGUUAGCUUUUUCAUUGUACCAUUUUCAGACAGUCCUUAGCUAGAGGAUGACUGUGUGGAUCAUGCCUGAAACAAAUUGAAGAGCCUUGUGUCAUGGUGGGCGGUGCUGACCCUAGCCCAGGUUAAAUCAGGCUUGCAGGGAUCGUGAUGCCAUGGCAGGAAUCUUGUCCAAGGUGUUAGAGGCCUCAGCACCCUUACUCACAAAAGUUUGAAAUGGGCUUUAUUUUUUUUCUUCUAAAGUUGAUUCCAUAAGUACAGAUGAACUUGAUGUGGGAAUAUUGUUUUUCUUUGUGUCACAUCAGCAUAAUGUACCUGUCUGUUGACUUUACCAGGCUCCAUGCAAAUACCCUGUACCUCAGCACAAUACCCUGUACCUCAGCACGUGCUCUACGUUACCUUUGAAAAGUCCAGCUGAUUGUGAACUCUGAAAUAAGUGCGUGGAAUGCAGCGUUUCAGCAGUGCCCCAAAAAGGUGUGAUCUUAUCCCAGAUGUGGAAGUAUCACAUUUUUCUGCUCACAAAAAGAAUGGUUGCUGGGAUUGGGAAGCAAUUGUCCAAAUGCUAGGGGAAUCAUCAACUCCUCCCCGCUCCCCCCCCCCCUCCCAGCCACCCACCCAGAGUUGAACACAUGCCAUUCUUUACCUCGUGCUAACGCUUAGGCUUCUAGUUCUGUUACACUGUUUCCUCUGCGUGACCAUAAGUUUGUGUGUGUCAGUUCUGAAUGUCUGUGCUAUUAGUUUGGGUAAUACUGUUUUAUUGUAGUAUAUCCUUAAGUUUCUCUGAAAAUUAUUAUCAUUCUGCUAUAUAAAUUCCAACAUAUAUUUAGGGACUCUUUGUAAUUGAGAGUGAAUAGGAAACAAUCCUCAUUUAUUUAUUAAAGAAAAAAAGGUCAUGGACUAGGGAAGUGAUUGUGUGGGAGGGUGUGUGCCUGGUGUGUAGGGCAAAAACAUUUUUUAUCAAAAUUGUUUACUCUUAUAGUUUUAAAGUUUAGUAAUUUGCACAGGUGAUGAUUUAGAAUGUUGUUGUGGUCUCUUUCAAUUAAUAUUUACAUAUGAUUGAAUGGUAUGUAUUUAUCUGGACCUUUUAAACUACAUAUUGAUUCCUGAAAGCAAAACCUUUAAGAUCAAUUUCUGAUAACUGAUGAGAACAUUUUUAUAACAGUUGCUCCAAUUCAAAGGAUCAUUUGUCUUUCUAGAAGGCUGUACAGUGAAUUAUGUCAUCAUAUUUAAGUUUAUUACAUUGUGUUCUAAUUGAAAUGUGUCUUGGUCACAGUUAAAUUCAUACUUUUUGCUAGAAGAUGUUUGUGUCUUUCUUAUAUCCCUUAGUCCUUAGGAUCUCAGCUUUAAAGGCCCCUGUUGACUGCCACCCUCCAGUUCUGGACUGGAGCCUGCUGAUCUGAUCUUGCUAGAUUAAUGGAGGGCUGUGGGCUUGAUAUCUUGAAAAGGAGAGAACUGCCGUUAUAUUUUAUAUUUGUUUGAGGCAUGAACUCUUAAGACGUUGACAAAAAGCACAUAGCUGUUUUGAUACAUGUUAGGACAGGGUUGCUACUUUAAAAGCCUUUGUGGGAGUACAGUGGCACGGUGGUACUGUAGGGUGGUACUGUAACAAAUGUGGCAGUACUGUAACAUAAUUGUAAUAUCUGAAUUGUUUAAUUACACACACACAAUAAGUGGGAAACAAGCUUUACUGAUCUGAGAAUUUAUUUUUCUAGGAAUUUGUCUUUUUGAAGAUACUUAAUCAAAAUAGAAAAGUCUUUUAUAAUGAUGUCUGUUGGCUUCCUAGGCAUUGCCCAAGACCUGGUUUUUAUUAUUUUUAGGAAAUAAUAUUUUUACGAUAUAUACUUAGGAGUCUAAACAUUUAUUUCAAUUAUGGUCUGUUUGUGUGAGUAAAAGCUUAAGAAAUAUGGAAUUUAAUAAAGCUUUUUGAACAGUUA